CAUGGAAGAGCGCCACGGCAUGGACCGUGCUCUUGGGAGACCGAUCGAUCUGAUAGCGUUCAAUUGCUGGCGAUUCACCCUGCCUCGGAAGUGCUUCCCACCCCUGGCGAAGCGCGUUGCACUGUGGCAGCGGGAUAGGCAGGAGGAGCAGGAAAGGACGCAGUUCAUGUAUCCGGACGGAAGACUUAUGGUGUGCAAAGUGAUGGAAGGCCUUAGUCCCACCGUGCCGGUCACGGUUAAAGGCAACAUGAGCGACGACCCCGAGGAGAAGGAUGAGCGAAUGGACGCAGGCGACGACACUGAAAUGAUGGCGCUCGAGUGGGCACCUGGAAACAAGAUGAUGCAGCCGUGUCUACGUUUCGAUGAUUUCGAGCUGGAAUCUCUUUGCUCGACCUGGUCGCGUAUUUCUCAGACGGUACGCUCGCGGGCGAUUCACGUCGUGCGCCUCCUCGAGGAUUGCGUUGCUGCCGUUCUGGACAAUUCCGAGAAGGUUGGAGUGCGAACAGUCGCAGCCGUGCAACAAUGUGCCCAGGACUGUUUUUGUGCAACACUUCUGCACCAGGAGGAUGAGCGCACGAUCUUGAAACACCUGCGGAAUAACCUAAACCUGAUCCGCAGGCAGCUCCAAACGAGUCCCGUGGCAGAGUGGGAGCCGCAUAUGCCCGUAGCCCUCGAAGAACGCGUGCCUCGCAAUGAUUUUAAUUCAGGACCUGGAGCACGGGAGACUGGGGCACUGCUCUCCCCUCUCCCAGUAGCUGCCCUCGCUCCGGCGACGGCCGAGGAACGAAAGCGUGCGCAGGAGCAGCAAAGAUUUAAGGUUGUCGCGAAGCCUGUCUGUGCCUACGUUGCUGCGCGGCAUGCGUUUUCACACUCUGGGAACGGGGGAGAGAUUGUUACCAAGGAUGCCGUAAUACGGGUCUGCCCCUCCGGGUUACUCACGCUGCAGAACUUGCCGGGCCGUUCUCCUGGAGAUCAUACAGCUUCCUGCGCCGGCAUCCUCGUUCAUGAAGCAAGCCAUCUCGCCCUACACACCCGAGACCAUGCAUACGGGCGCAAGUAUUGCAGCCACUUAGCGCGUCCCAACGCCCUCAACGGAUACGAAACGGGCAUUGUUUUUUGUUACCCCAAAGAUGCAGUACAGAAUGCAGCAAUGAAGAGUGUACUCAGAGAACUCCUGUAUAGUCAAAAAAGCGAGCACGCAUUUCAUUUGCGUCCGCUUAAGCCGUGGGAGCAAGAAGCGUGGGAGAAGGCAAAACCGGGCAUCGCCUCCAUGGUGCGGCAUGUCUCCCGAAGCGUUUUGUCGUCGUCCGUCAAGUGGAUAGGGGAGAGACUCGAGCAGCGCCUCCCGGAAUUUGUUCCCGCGGCUUGUCAACUGAAGCCGCCUGGUGUUGGGUCGACGCUUUUUGAUAAACUACCCGCAGGCGCAUCGCCAAGAAGCGGGCGGCGGUGCUGCAAUGGACGAGGCGCCGAACAGCUGGCCCACGUGGCGGCUCCGGGUGUUGAUGAGGAGAGGGAGCAAAGACGCAGGCGGAACUAUAGGGCGCCGCUGCCGUCUCCUCUACGAGAGCGAAGUCCCCGGCGCCGUGAUGCUGACCCUACGAUGGGUGUGUUAGUUGAGGGUAACGCUGCUGCAGGUGCUGGUCCACGACCAGAGGAUGCAGAGGAGUCUGUUGGGGACGGUUUCGCGGAUUGGCCAGAUUUUCCGGAUCCGCGGCCAGACAUUACUCUGACUCCGGGAGAGUCCGUUGUUCUGGUGAAUAAUACAAACCAGGCUGGGGCGCUGUUGGUGCCAGCGCAAGUACAACAUACGACGCAGCUGGUCGCUCUCGGGGACGCUAUGACACCUCACGACAGGAAGAAAGCCUUGCAACUGCUAGGCUCGUUUACCGCAAAAGGCCCGUCCGCUGCAGUGCUGUGUCUAUCCGAAAUGGGAGGGACGCCGACCCCGAGUAUGGUAACAUUCUCCAACGCAGACAGCUAUGAGACUUUUGUCGAGGUAGCAACGGCAUGCGUUCUCCUGGAAAAGGAAAAUCUCCCGGCGGAGCUCUUCGGCGGCCCCGCGCGACAAGGAAAUAUCGUCGAUGAUAUGGUCGACUGCGAGAUGGACGGCGCUCUGCAUACGUUGCGGAGGAUUGCCCAUUCCGCCGCACCCUGUACUUCUCCCAGUGACAACCCGCUCCACCAGCAGACCACCACCGCCACUCUCUGGAAUGCUUACGUUGAGGAGCAACUUGCAAAAGACCAACAUCGGCACCUGCGUAGUUUCUACGCUGCAGCCUCCUCCGUUGACGAUAAACAGCGUCUGCAUAAAUUUCUGCGAGAAGAUCUCUGGAAAAGAGCACUCCAGGCGCUUGGGCGUGAGGCGUCGCAAAUACUGGACCAGCUGCUAUUUUCUGCCGCAAAGCUGCACGACUUGGACCGGAUCCGCUCGGGGGUGGAGAAUGGCGAAAUAUUGGAUAGUAGCACUAGCAGCAUUGCGUUGCCAGCAACUCCGACAAACGGAAAUCCGCCGCCUGGUAUCAUGGGCACUAUGGUAGGCCACGAAAACAUGAAGUCGCCGAACGAGGAGGAGAACAAUGACGACAUAGCGGAGAAAAGUGCUCGGUCUUUUGGCCGCCACGCAGCGAAUCGCCUGCACGCUUAUGUUCUGAAAAAGUUUCUACCUCUGGGCCCGGGUGGGUCCUCUGGGUGCGUUGGAGGUGGGGGAGCGAGUUCUGGUAUUGGCGCAACGAACAAGCGGCCGCAGCUGCCUCCCCUGUGUCUCCUGCGACAUACAGUUGAGAAAUUCAAGCGAGCAGUAGAAAAGGCAUGUCUUGCAAUCCGCCUCACUCUGCAGCAGGUGAGUGAACACGACCAGCAAGUCCGAGGAUUUCUCCAGCAGACCAAUACGGGGCAGCUUCGACUCCUUUUCGACGAGGCGCAUCGUGACAUUCUUCAAGAGCUUGAUUGUACCAGCGGCGACGCGGCCAGAAAGUGGCUGGCUCAAAUACGUGACACCUGUGAUUUCUUGUCGAGUCCGAACGCAGUCGAGGACUUUCUGGUGGAGCAAAUCGGAGCAGUGAAGAUGGAAAUAGAUUGCGCCGGCGCCGAGACAAUCAAACGCAAAUAUAAGUCGUCUUUUAGGGGUCGAGCUGAAGGCUUGCAGGCACUGGCGUUGGAGGAAUUGAUGUCGCAUUUGUGUGCCAUCAAUGAUUCAAAUGGCGCUAUCCUUCAUGAGAUGAGAAAAGCCCCCCACGUUGACUUGUGCAAGUAUUCCUACGAGUAGAGCGAGUCCGCGACCACAUUUCGCCAUCAGUCGCCUUGAACGCGUAGGCGGCAGAGUGGAAAAGUUUUUUCUGGUGGUUCUUCUUCUUCUUCUGCUAUUUCUUGGUUUUCUUGGUAAUGCGACCGGUUGUUCUCUUAGAAGUGAUUUCAUAGGGAAACGAAAGCGAACUCAUCUGACAGAGGAUGUGGAUGUUGGAUCCAGCCCGCUUUCGUUCAAACAUUGUGGACAUUUUUCUUUGCAAUUUUCUUACUACUUAGAUUCCCACGGCUACCUCCGUAGACUCUCACUUCCCGUUUUCCCUCACCUCUCAUCCAUUACCUACGAUCGUGCAGCUGUCUCUUUCUGUCAAGAUGAGACUCAAAAGAUUUAGAAUGCCGCGCAUAUGAGUCAAGUCGUUUACCUCCUUGGGCCUCAGCGUGUAAGAGCUCCCAGGGUCCUAACAGUGUCAGGCACUAAUCAGCUCAAACCUUCACGCGCAUGAGUCUAGUCGUGGCAUCGUUUAUUUGGCCUCGUCGAUGAUGUUGACCAUGCCCUGGGCCUCGCAAUGCAUCAAACACAAUCAGGACCGAAGUGGCCCUAUUUUUACUUGCCAAAUAACUUGCAUCAGUCGCAUCAUCUACCCGGGGGUCUCAAGCUUGGCAUGUGUCCAGCCUUUGCAUCUUCGAAGCAUAAAAUGAAUCAUACUAUCGGCAUUAUAUGGCGGAGAAGGAGAUGAACAAGUGAGGAACGAAGUAUGGGAGUUGUGUAGAAAUUUUUGUAAAGGAAAAGUUGAACUGCUUGAGAUCUGUUGAGAUCCUCGUUGGUCUACUACAUCAAACACAUUAGAUGAACACUCCAUCGUUCAU